UCUCCUCUCUGCAAUGCCACAGGGGGAAACCCUUUUGUCCUCUGAAGAGGACAGUGAAGGCAGCCAAAGGUCCCAGGAGGGCUCUGGCAAAGCAGGCAGCCAUCAGAGGAGCGAGUUCUCAGCGUCCCCGGCUGGGGCAACGCGAACUCAGCGCCAUUCUAACGGCCAGGUGUCUUCGGGCCUAAAAGAAAAGGCGCGUAAAAUGGCAGACGGCUGCAAUGCCACGCUCUGCACAAGUCCAACGUACCUUGGUGUUCCCAGGUCCGGACUUCAACAUGCUCAAUAUGGAGCAAAAUGAGAAGGGAGGAGAGAUGGUGGAAGCUCCCGCUAUACAGGAGGAGAGUGGUAAGAUCUCCUUAGGAGAUUUAAAAUUUUUGCCUUUAUUAAAGGAGCCUUCCAAUAGGAGAAGGCAGUGGUGAGAGAGGAGAUGUUAACUCUUUAUAAAUCACAGAUGGAGCUCUGUCCCCCCAGUCCUUCUCUCAGCUCCAUUACCCCCAUUUCCAAGCAUUUCCAGACAGACAACACGACGGCCAAGUCUUACCUGAACAGACAAGUGGGGUCCAGGUCCGCAGAUUUACAGAAGGAAGCCCUUCUAGUCUUUCAGUGGACUGAGACUCAUGUGCUUUCCAUCAGAGCCGAACAUAUUCAGGGAAACUUGAACGUUCAGGCAGAUCGGUUGAGCAGACAGAGCAUCCAUCCAGGGGAGUGGCGACUGAAAGAGGAGUUUUUUCAAAUGAUACCCCGAACUCUGGGAACAUCAGUCUUGGAUCUCUUUGCCUCCAAUCUGAACAAACAACUUCCCAGAUUCAUGUCUCGAUUCCAUCACCCGGAGGUAGAGAAUAUGGAUGCCUUGUCCUCCAGCUGGCCUCACAGAAUUCUGUACGCCUUUUCCUCCUUUUCCCAUGAUUCCCAGACUACUUUGAAAGAUCAGGGAGGAGAGAGCAGAUGUCAUCUUGGUAGCCCCGUGGUGGCCCAGACGACCUUGGCUUACCAACAUCUUACAGCUGUUGGCACCCAAACCUCUGAGACUCCCAUCGCACAGAGAUCUCCUGCAACAGGGACCCAUUUUCCACCUGGAACCAGAGCGGCUCAACUUGACCGCCUGGAGGUUGAAAGGCGACAAUUAGAGUCUCAGGGGUAUCCCGAAGCUGUACUUAACACCAUACUGGCUUCCAGGAAACCUUCCACCAAAAGAAUUUACGAUUCAACCUGGAAGGUGUUUGUUAGGUGGUGUUGCAGGAAGAGAGUGACACCUACGGAACCUAAACUCCGGGACGUUUUAGGUUUUUUGCAGGACGGUAUAGAAUCAGGCCUUAGAGCUAAUACUCUACACAGACUAAUGGCAGCCCUUACAUCUGUAAUACCUAGACUGGAAGGAUACAUUCCCACUUCACAUCCACACAUAGUUAGAUUCCUUAGGGGCGCUGCCCUGAAAGAUAGACCAGUUAAUCAUCACUUCCCCAAAUGGAGGCUGCAUACGGGGUUACAUGCCCUGACCAGAAAACCAUUUGAAUCCAUAAUGGAAAUUUCUCUUAAGCAUCCUCAUGUGAAGACCAUUUUUUGGUAGCCAUCACUUCUGCCAGAAGGGUUUCGGAGCUAGCUGCCCUUUCGAUGAACCUCCAUUGUGUGUUUUUCAUAAGGACAAGGUGGUAUUGACCCUACCUUUAUUCCUAGGGUCAAUUCUACCUUCCAUAGGAAACAGGAAAUUUUUCUGCCCUCUUUUUUGUCCUAAUACCAAACACCCCAAGGAGGUGUACUGGCAUACAUUGGAUGUGAGGAGAACCUUAAAAGCCUUCUUAAUUAGAACGCAGGAAUUCAGGCGAUCAGAUUCCAUGUUCAUAUUCAUUUCCAAUCAUAACAGGGGUCAGAAGCUAUCAUCCCCUUCCAUCAGUAAGUGUUUGAGGGAAUGUAUUAGUGAGGCUUAUAGGGUACAAAGCUGUUGGUCCCAGUAGGGAUCAUGGCACGCUCUGUCUGCAAUGCUUCCGCUAAUGCGGCCUUUAACAAUAAUGUACCUGUGGCUGAAAUUUGCAGAGCUGUAACAUGGUCCUCCUUAUCCACCUUUGUCAGGCACCAUAGGCUGAACGUCUUCAGCGCUGCCGAUGCAGAUUAUGGACGCAGAGUCCUUCAACAUGUCAUUGGAGAGGAUUUCGACCCCACCCUUUAACCGAGUCUGUCACUGCUAGGGGAGUUCACCCAGAUGUCAACUUGCUCAAUGGAGAAAUAACAUUGGUCUUACCCGUGAAGGGGACUUCUCCAUUGAGCAAUUGAUGACAUCUGCCCUCCCAUUGGUCGUUAUCCUGCUCCAAGAUUAGUUAGAAUUUUUUCUCCUUUCUUAUAUAUAUAGUUAUAAGUAUAAACAAACAGUUUGUUGUUCUGGUUAACGGCCCAGGAGGUCCUCUUUGUGUUGGACAUAUUGCUGCAGGAGCCCCUUGUUUCCUUAGCGCCCAACACGACUUCCUUUUACUGGUUACUAUGGCUUUUUGCUCUUGUAUCGGGUGCGAGUUUGAACGUCGUAAUGUCAAGUUUUACAGAAUUUUUUUCAACUGGAUACUGCUUUAUGGAGAAGCCAGAACUGGAGCCCAGGAGAAGGGGCGGAGCCACAGCACAGAGAGGAGCCUGGGAAGUUUUUUCUUUAACCCCUGCCUUCCUGAAUGGUAGCUGACAAAUACCCAGAUGUCAUCAAUUGCUCAAUGGAGAAGUCCCCUU